AUGAAAGCGUAUCGGCGACAAGUAGAUGAAUGCCACCCUUUGAUACCAGGAUACACAGGCUACAUCCCUCUUAGAUUCUACCGAAUUGGAACUAGUUUUGGAAACGAUUCUGUGUGGUGUGUGAAUGCGUUUCGUGAUGUUACUCAGAGAAAGAGUGACCAAGCGAAUGAGCUGAGAUGCACAGCAGCUACAGCUCCACAGCUCCCACCUCUUUGCUCCAAUGAAGAGAUAAUAAACAUACUUGAUGACUAUAAUUACCAACGUCAUCCCAAUGUGCUGGGGCCUGUGGAAACAAAAAGAAGUCUACUUGAGCCACCCAUUCCAGGCUGGACUGGCUUUGUGCCCAGGUCCAAGGUCACAGAGUAUGGCCAUGGAGUACGCUACCAUGUGAUGGCAGAAAACUGCUAUCAAGAUUUUAAGGACUCCUUGGAUAGAGCCAAGCAUGAGCCUGCUGCCAAAGAACCAAUGAAAGACGUACAUGUAACCAAACCCAAAGAAUUACGGCCACACCAGAGAUUCUACAGACCUGAAGGGAUGCUGCCUAAGUAUACCGGCCAUAUUCCACAUGAACGUUCUGGCAUUGGAAAGACCUUUGGGAAUGUGUGCAGAAGCUGUUCUGUAUGUAACCACACUGACAUGACCUAUGGUGCUUAUCUUGCUAAGAAACGUAAGACUGAAAAGCUUCAAGAGCAGAUCCAGGAAGACAAAAGAGCUUUAAUCACGUAA